GAAAAGCGGUUGAAAAUCAGUCCAAACAAAGGCCAGUUGGUGAUGCAUGAGUUUAGCUGAAUAACAAAAAGAAUUGGCAGCCUACGUGCCCGGAUUCCGCGUGUUUACCUUGGACAAGAAUAACUCGCAACAGAAACAAAAAACCAACCAACCUCCGCAUCCAUCUACUUGGCUACAUUGUGGUUCGUUCUGGUUUCAUCCUACUCGUCCUCGUCCUCGCCCUCAGCCGCAGUCGUGUUUUUUUUGAACCAUCUUUUUGUGAAUCCUUGGGCGCAGCACAGCAGUUUCUAGUCGGUGGCCUACGCUGAAGAAAAUGUUUCAAUAGAGAUGGCAAAACUUUCACGACGUGCCUCGUCGUCUGCAGCAACGCCAACAACAGGAAAAACAGCAACAGACAGCGGGACAGCAACAACAACCGUUAUUCCUUCACCUGCUAAUCAUGCCACAGGCUUGCCACAACGCAUCACCCGCCGUGCCACAAGCAGCAACCAAAGCAGGCCCCAGGCGGCGGCACUCAUUGACACGAGCGGCGAUGUUCUCCUACAGGAGACUGCAGCGCCCCCACCACCGACACCGGCGGCGCACACCAACAGCCACAGCCACAGCCACAACAACAGCAACACUGCCACACGAAAUGAGAGCAGCGCGACAGCAGCACCCGCCCACAACACGGCCACGCCCUACAUGCCGCUGCUGCCGCCGGGCGAACGAAAUCUGACGGACGCGGAGAAUGCCGCGGAGCGUGCCAGGAUCCGCGAGGAAUUCUUCGCCACCUACGACGUGAUGACGGGCGUGAGGAUCGCCGCCACGCUGGGCGGCUUCUUCGGGCUGAUGGUGUUCCUCAUCGUGUGGAAGAGUCGCAGCAGCAGCAACGAGACGCUGAAGGUGCUGAAGGAUCCGAAGAUGGCGGCCGUGGCCUCGCUGUGCAUGCAGGAGGAGGAGGAGCGCGAGAUCCAGGAGGCCAUAGUGGCCACGGGCAUGUCCAUCUACCCGGAUGAGUACGAUGCCAUGGUGUACAGACGCCAGAGGAUGCUCUCGCUGGGCAAUGUGAGUGCGCCGCCGCUGCUGAAUCGUGGCUAUCGUUGUGGUUCCGUGGGUGGUGUGGGUGCGGGUGUGCCCGUGGGCUAUAGCUAUCUGCUGGAGCCACCGCGACGCUUCUCCUACUCGGCCAUGUCCGCGGGCGGUGGUCCACCGGGGCCCAUAGGACGCCGCAAGAGCGGCUCGGAAUCGUCGCGCAUUUUCAGCAAUUACCCGAUGGGCGGCAGCUUUGGCACCGACGAUUACUUUGUGGAGACGGAGGAUGAGCUGGAGCACGAGGAGUACAUGGAGCACCCGCAGGAUCACCAACAUCUUCAUCAGCGCACGGACUCGACGCGCAGCAAGCAGGGAUUUCUGUCUGUGCCGCUGGCGGGUCACGACUCACGUCGCAGCAGUGCCAUGACCUGCUGCAGCACGGACAGCUCGUAUUUGGAGCGUCGCACCUCCGCCUAUACGCUGGGCAUGAGCAACCUCCCGCCCACGCUGCAGCGCAAACUAUCGACUGCCUCGCGCACAUCGAGCAUCGAGAACUGGGACUACUACUAUCCGGACAUUCAGGUCAUACAGCCCACGCCCAAGGCCUCGCCGUGCCCCUCGGAGCGCAGCAUACACGAGGCCAGCUCCUGCCUGAGUGCGCCCAGCAUCAAGCGCAAGCACAGCAUUGUCUCCUACGAUCCGGACAGCGCGCAGGCUGGACGCAAGCAGCAAAUACACUCCAUCAGCGCGGACACCGUGGACGUUUAUCCCUACAACCAAGCGGCCCUGGCGGACACUGUGGAUUUGGGGCUGGCGCUGCCCAAGCCCAUACAAUCGGCGCCGCCUACGAGCGCCCAGCAGGCGUUCCAUUUCUGUGACUCGCCGUCGGAGGAGCUGCGGCUGGGUGUGCGCCGCAAGCUGACACUCGUGGAGCUGCAGCGGAAUGAGAGCAACAACAACAGCUUCCCGUACACGGCCAAUGCAGCGGCACCAGUCACGGGUGGAGGCACGACCACGGCCACGACUGUGGCCACCUCCAGCAGCAUCAGCGUGGACAGCACGCCCGUCAGCUUGGAUCGCUUGAAUGGCAGCCUCAGUCUGGGCACCAUUUCGGUCUCUGCGAAGCUGCCGCCGAAUGCGGCCAAUGGAAAUCCCGAGAAGCGUGCGCCACUCGCCUCACUAAGUUCCUUCAAGAUCUCCUCGCUGGAGUGCCCCGACUCGGAGUUGCGCUCCCUCGAGGAGGACUCUGUCUUCGGGCUGGAGAGUCCCGCAGACACCGACGACGACAUGCAGCAGCUGAGCAGCGACAGCGAGGAGCAGGCCGUGGCCAUGGCAGUCAUUGAGGCAGCGGCCGCCAAGGCAGCAGCGGCACAGGGACACGGGCAGAGCCAAGGCACAUCCGUGCAGGGCAGUGGCGAGCUGAAGGCAAAUCCCCUGCCGCAGGUGAAGCGCCUGAGUCAGGCGCAACGUCGUCCGCUGCUGCAGCGACAUCGAAGCAUCAGCGCCGCUGCCAGCGAUCGGGUGUCGCUGAUUGGAUCGCAAACUGGUCAAGGAUUGCCGCUGCAGCAGUUCCAGGGCCCAGGGCUGCCGGUGACAGUCGAAGCGGCUCCACUGGAGACGCACUUUGGGGCCAUUGUGAGUCACAGUCCACCGCGGCGUGGGCCGCUGCUGCAGCAGUACAGCGAUCCGCAGAGUUUGCCCACAACGACGACAACAACGACAACGACGACCACAGAGGAUGACACGUGCUCCACACUCAACACGGAGCUGGGACUGCUGGAUGCUGUGGUGGUAGCUGGCAACGGUGGCGGAGAGUCAAACACGCACACGCAGUACAGCAGCAUGAACACGGUGAUCAGUGUGGGUCGCUCCACGCCGAGUCCCAGUCACGCCAGCGCUGCGACAAGUCCUCGCUUGGACAAUAACUAUGCGUGCAGCCAGUCCCCCUCGGAGGCUCAGGCACAGCAGCCAGCUCAACUGCCACACAACUGUAGAUUGGUGCACGAACCCGAUGCCUGCCCCUCCUCCAAGUCCGACUCGCUGAUAGCCACAAGACCGCAGAGCAUUUGUGUGCCCUCCUCGCUCAAGGAUCUAAUACUGCGCAAGGGAACUGUCGCUGGCAUCAGCAAAAGUGCCACAAGCCUAAGUCUGCCCAGCAAUGAGGUGGCAACAACAGGAGCAACAUCCACAACGACUGCAACUGCAACUGCGACGCCCGCCGUCAUGCUAGAGCUUCCCCUCAUCAGGCUGCCAAACGAAGACGCCGAAGACGAGGACGACAACAUGGAGACUGUGGCCUCAACUGGCGAUGAUAAGCGCGACCCCAGCCUGCCCGGCACUUCCAGAAAGUGGUCCAAGGAGACACUCUUCUAGCCCAGUUGGUAUCCGCUGCUGUUACGCAUGCAGUUCCGUGCACCGGGACAGUAUUUAAGAGCUUAGCAAAGUGACGUUUUUGUAUGCAAAGGGGAAACAGUGAGAACUUCUUCAGAGCGGGGCAGGACGAGCACUCUAGAGAUUGAGACUUCUACUUACAUAUUCUUCCACCAUUCUUACACUUUUCUUGCUAUUUUUACGCGACUUUUGUGCUAAGAUUUCCAUGCUACAAGUUCUUAUUGAUUGAAACUAAUAUUGCUGAUUCAUUUUCGGCAUUUUUGCUCUACGAUUUCCUAUAUUAGAUCCUUAUUUCAUCAAGAAACAGUUCUCUAACUGACGAUAUUUUCUGUUCAAUCAUUUCCUCAGUUUCCCAAGUCUUUCACCUUAAAAUCACUAAAACAUUUCAGUGGAAAAUUAGUAAAAGAAGAACAAGCUCUGCAGAGAUUUAUUCUACAUACUUAGAUCUCCAUUUUACUGGCCCUUAUUUCAUUAGGAAUCGAAUGCCUAACCAGCUAUCUUUUCUGUUUAAAAGUUCUGUCAGUUUCCUAAGUUUUUUAGCCCAAAAUCUCUACAAAGUUUCUGUGAAAAGAGAGUGAAAGAAUGACCAUUGUUCCACAGGUUUAUUCUACUAACAUUUCCAAAUUAUAGAUCUUUAUUUCACGUCUUUUAAAAUGCUUAAAGAACGAUAUUAUCUUUGCAAUACUUAAGUACCUAAGUUUCUGAUCUUUGAAUCUCCACAAAGUUCCUCUACCAAAUCCCUUCUUCUCUGUACAUACACAUAUUCAGCCUUUACUCCCAUUAGCUGAAGAUCCUGGUUGUUCCAUUCAUAAUUUCCAAGAACUCUCUGUAUUCUUCCCUAUUCUUCCUCGACAUCUUGUCCUGUCCUCUGCUGUUUCGGGUUAAGUUUUCACUGUCGCCUGUUCUGGCAGCCAAUUUCCUGGGCCAGACAGCCAUGAAACGCGUGACGUGUACGAGUACGAUUAUAUUGACGUGUAUUUAGGCAUAAAUAUUAAGAGUUGUUGGCAGAGGAUUAAGUUUAAGCGCAUUUAGUCACAGAUGUAAGUUAGUCUUUGGGGCAAAAGUUACUCCCGAACAGCAAACAACAAAAAUGUAUUCGUACUUAGAGACUGUUGUCUAUUAUUGUUAAAUAGGAAUGUGUAAGUUUAAGUAGUGAUAAUCGGAUUUAUUUUCUCACACACCAACUAUAGACACAGGACAAAGGAAUGAGAGUAAAGUUUAUACAAAAAUAUUUCUAUAGCCAGAACGAUCGAUCGUUCCAAUCUCCAACUCCAGCUCUGUGUCUGCGUCUGUGUCUAUUUCUAUGCCUGAAAAUGGAAUGAAAACUCUUCUCUAGUGUCUUAAACAGCAGCCAAAUACUUCAAGUAUUGAACAGUAAAUUAGUAUAAACAAAUAAAAUGCACGACAAGCAAAACAUUUCCAAUGAUCUGAAGCCUAAAGGAACUCUCAAGUCUUUCCACAUUUCCUUCCCUGUCUGUCCCUGUCCCUGUUCCUGGCCUAUUCGAACACAAAAUUGUUGUUGGUAUUAUAAUAGAGUUGUUGUCAAGAAUUUAGUGUUACAAAAGCAAAAUGAAUAUAAAUUUAAACAAAGGAUACAUAUAGAUACAUAUAUAAACAAACAAUUUCCUAACUCAUCCCACCUACGCAUCUCUAUUUUUCUAUGAAAUUGCAUUUGCUCCGAGAAAAGAAGAGAAAAGAAAUGGAAAGUGGCAGCAAAAAUGGAAUGUCAAAUCAAAUGAGACUUGUAUUAGUCAAAUCAAAAUACACAGUUGAACAAUUUAUUGUAUAAUAGAACUGAAAU